GCGCCGACCCCGCCCGCCUGCUUGCUAGGUUGCCGGUCCGGCGCCACGCAAGAGAAGGCGUCAGGGGACGCGGAGCGGCGCGCGGCCCCAGCCAGCUCUGUCUCCGGCAUUAGCGCUGCGGCCGUGGCGGAGGACGACGGCGACAAGGACGAGGGCCGCUCUCCCCGCUCCCUGCGUGCGGCGUCGCUCCGCUCCGCUCCGCUGACCAGCCCUCGGGAGUGCAGGCGGGGAGGCGGGAUGGAGUGAUAGGGAAGUUCUGCAGGAGUAGACAAGCGUGAUGUUUCCCUAUAACCAGAAGAAACAAGUACUUUUUGAAAGUGCUAAUUAGUUGUUACUGGGGGAAGUUACGUUUUAUUAAAGCGACUUGUCAGUGUGGUGGUAAAAGACUGGAAAGAUUCAGUCCUGGUCUUUGAACAGUCUUUAGUAGGUGUGGAGGAACUUUCCCAGAUUGUUUGAUUUUUUUUUUUUUUUAAUGGCUAUCAAGGAAAAGUUAGGGCUCAGUAUUUUAAGUAUGUUGCUUGCUUCCCUCCACAACAUUUGCUAGAUGCGUAAUUGAUAUGUUUAUCGCAUUGUAACAAAUGUUUAAGCCUGCACCUCCGUGGCUUGUUAGAACAUUAAGUGUUCAUGCACAACCUUUAAUUGAGGGAAUGGUUACCUUUUCGCACAGGUUGUAACUUUUCAGUUCUUGGCACACACAUAUAGGUAAUUUACCAUUUUAUGCUUAUUUAUGUUCCACUGCAUAUUGAUUUUUAUCCAAGUGCCUCUCUGUGGGGGAUUCUUUCUGUACCGACAACGGUAACAAGUUUAUGUUUCCUUAGGUUAUUUAUUGGCCAGUUUUUUUCUUAAGACCAGUGCUGUUUCACUUGAUAGAACUAAAGCGACCCAGCUUAAGCAGUUUUACCUAAAUUCAAGAUGAUUUUAUAGGACUUUUUAAUACGGAAUUCACAGAAACUCAGAUUUUCUGAGUAUGCAGUUUUCCAAGGAAUCAUUAAAUUUUCUUUUCAUUUUUGCAGGGGUGAGGGAAGAAAACCUGUGUUUUCCAAUCUGUUCAAAUGCCCAUUUUUUAGUAUAGGAUAAAUCUAGACUACUCCAAGUAGUCCCCUUCCCCCAUGUGGCAAGCUCUGAAUUCUGAAUAACCUGUUGAGGGCCCACUAUGUGCCAGGCAUGCUUUACAUGUCUUACCUCAUUGAAGUCUUAACAGCUUUAUGAGGUAGAUGGUCUCUUUCCCACUUCAUAGAAAGAGCUGUCUUUUUCAGAUUUCCUAGUUGUCCAUGUGGCCCCAGUUUGAAAAUUACUAGAUUGGGGUACAAAUCCAGGUAUUUCCAAACCCAAAGCCUAUGUUCUACUAUGUCUUAAAGGCAUAAUGGUGAAUAUUUGAGACAGUUCUUUCCCUUCAAGAUUAUGGAGAGAAAACAAGGAGGCAGCGACAACAUAUCAGCACUUAAGAGGGGCGUUUAAUCCAGUUUAGGAGAAUUGGACAAUAGGGAUCAAAGAAGUUUUCUGGAAAGAGGUGACAUCUAAGCUGAGUUUUGAAGGACAGGCAGGGGUUAACAAAGUAACAAGAAAAGAGCAGUGCGUGCAAAGAUGAAAGGCCAAAUACCACUGGCCUUGCUGGGUUCAGCUGAAGAAUAGUCAUUCAAAAGUGUGUGCACCUUAAUCCUGAGGGUGGGGGGGGGCUACACUGCCUUGCUGUAGUCUGCAAGUAUCUAGAAAUAAGAAAGGGCUGGACUUUACUCUCCAAGAGCUCUCAGCACAUAACCCGAUUUAUCAUUUGUUUCUGGCAGGCCCUGGGGAAGACAAAAGCAUAUUGUAGUUGGGGUCCUCUAACCUAGAUCAGGUCCUGGCCUCACCACUCCCAAAAAGGCUGUGCACCCCCAUCCCAGGCCUUUAGUCUCUUGGCUUCUUUAGGCUCUGAUCUUCUCUUUGGUUUAUGACAAUUAAAACACCCCCCCCCCCAAAAAAAAAAGCCCUACAGCCUUUUUAUGUGAGCAGUAGUCCUGGUUUUUCUACCUCAUAGGUAUUGAGAGGAUAAAUGUGAUUUUCACAUUAUUUAGAAUUUGUUCCUUGUUUCCUCAACUGUACAUUGUAUCAAAAACCAAGUAGCCUUUUGGGACUUAAUCAUGUUCUUAUUUGAGAACGUUAGACCAUAUUGUGAAAAAGUGCAUUGCUUUCCAGAGACUAAAUAUUCUUAAGACUAGUCAGGAUUAAGUUCUUUAUCAAUUUUUAUAGCUACUAUUAAAAAAUGUUUUGUGAAAUAACAUUUCUAAAAGUGGCUGUCAAGAGAGUCUGUUGUUUAAAAGUUAAAUGCCUGGCUUUUCACUCCUCCACUUCUCUUUCAUUUGACUUCUCUUGAAGUACUUGGUAGACACUCCAGUAAGGAUAUUGAACUCUGAGGUCACUAUUUAGCCAUUCUGAGUUCUGUACUUUUUUUAAGGUUUGUGAUAUUGACAAAUGGAAAGGGGCAAAUUAGUAUAAUAAGAUAAUCUAGGCUUGUCAUUUUUUGGUGUAGUCACACAGUUGUACUUUUAAGUACUGGAGGUAAUAAUAUUGCAUAAAUUAGAUACUUCUGUUUAGAGAUGAGUUACUUCCUAUAUUCAUGAUCUUAAAGAAAAAUUUGAGAACAUCAAUGACAUAUGUUAGAUUUUUAGAAAUUACACAUUUGUGGAGUAUUUAGUAUUUCUUCUAAGACAGGCUCCUUUAGUUGUAAUUUUGGAUAGUUUUCAAAAGUUCUUUUAACAUUUAAACUUCUUUGCAUAAUGUUAUCCACUUGUGAUAUUCUGGAUAAGCAUUAAUUUUGUUUAUCAAAUGUUUUCUUUCAACUUUUUGUGUGUGUGUGUGUGUGUGUGUGCAGAUGUUUGUGGAUUCUUCUGUGGGAUCAGAGGGCACGCCUAUUGUAAUCAGAAAACUCCAAGAAUAGCAGCAGGGAUGGAUGAACAGGCUCUUUUAGGGCUAAAUCCAAAUGCUGAUUCAGACUUCAGACAAAGGGCCCUGGCCUAUUUUGAGCAGUUAAAGAUUUCCCCAGAUGCCUGGCAAGUGUGUGCUGAAGCUCUGGCCCAAAGGACAUACAGUGAUGAUCACAUAAAGUUUUUCUGCUUUCAAGUACUGGAACAUCAAGUUAAAUACAAAUACUCAGAACUAACUACAGUUCAGCAACAACUAAUUAGGGAGACGCUCAUCUCUUGGCUUCAAGCUCAGAUGCUGAAUCCCCAACCAGAGAAGACCUUUAUACGAAAUAAAGCAGCCCAAGUCUUCGCCUUGCUUUUUGUUACAGAAUAUCUCACUAGAUGGCCCAAGUUUUUUUUUGACAUUCUCUCAGUAGUGGACCUAAAUCCAAGGGGAGUAGAUCUGUACCUCCGAAUCCUCAUGGCAAUUGAUUCAGAGUUGGUGGAUCGUGAUGUGGUGCAUACAUCAGAGGAGGCUCGUAGGAAUACUCUAAUAAAAGAUACCAUGAGGGAGCAGUGCAUUCCAAACUUAGUGGAAUCAUGGUACCAAAUCUUACAAAAUUAUCAGUAUACUAAUUCAGAAGUGACAUGUCAGUGCCUUGAGGUAGUUGGGGCUUAUGUCUCUUGGAUAGACUUAUCCCUUAUAGCCAAUGAUAGGUUUAUAAAUAUGCUGCUAGGUCAUAUGUCAAUAGAAGUUCUACGGGAAGAAGCAUGUGACUGUUUAUUUGAAAUUGUAAAUAAAGGAAUGGAUCCUGUUGAUAAAAUGAAACUAGUAGAAUCUUUGUGUCAAGUGUUACAGUCUGCUGGGUUUUUCAGCAUUGACCAGGAAGAAGAUGUUGACUUCCUGGCCAGAUUUUCUAAACUGGUAAAUGGAAUGGGACAGUCCUUGAUAGUUAGUUGGACUAAAUUAAUUAAGAAUGGGGAUAUCAAGAAUGCUCAAGAGGCACUACAAGCUAUUGAAACAAAAGUGGCCCUGAUGCUGCAGCUACUAAUUCAUGAAGAUGAUGACAUCUCUUCUAAUAUUAUUGGAUUUUGUUAUGAUUAUCUUCAUAUUUUGAAACAGCUUACAGUGCUCUCGGAUCAGCAAAAAGCUAAUGUAGAGGCAAUCAUGUUGGCCGUUAUGAAAAAACUGACUUACGAUGAAGAAUAUAACUUUGAAAAUGAGGGUGAAGAUGAAGCCAUGUUUGUAGAAUACAGAAAACAACUGAAGUUGUUGUUGGACAGGCUUGCUCAAGUUUCACCGGAGCUACUGCUGGCUUCUGUUCGCAGAGUUUUUAGUUCCACACUGCAGAAUUGGCAGACUACACGUUUUAUGGAGGUUGAAGUAGCAAUAAGACUGCUGUAUAUGUUGGCAGAAGCUCUUCCAGUAUCUCAUGGUGCUCACUUCUCAGGUGAUGUUUCAAAAGCUAGUGCUUUGCAGGAUAUGAUGCGAACUUUGGUAACAUCAGGAGUUAGUUCCUAUCAGCAUACAUCUGUGACAUUGGAGUUCUUCGAAACUGUUGUUAGAUAUGAAAAGUUUUUCACAGUUGAACCUCAACACAUUCCAUGUGUCCUAAUGGCCUUCUUAGAUCAUAGGGGUCUGCGGCAUUCUAGUGCCAAAGUGCGGAGCCGAGCUGCUUACCUGUUUUCCAGAUUUGUCAAGUCUCUAAAUAAACAAAUGAAUCCUUUCAUUGAGGAUAUUCUGAAUAGGAUACAAGAUUUAUUAGAGCUUUCUCCACCUGAGAAUGGUUACCAGUCUUUGUUGAGCAGCGAUGAUCAACUCUUUAUUUAUGAGACAGCUGGAGUGCUGAUUGUUAAUAGUGAAUAUCCUGCCGAACGGAAACAAGCAUUAAUGAGAAAUCUGUUGACCCCACUAAUGGAGAAGUUUAAAAUUCUGUUAGAAAAGUUGAUGCUGGCACAAGAUGAAGAAAGGCAGGCAUCACUAGCAGACUGUCUCAACCAUGCCGUUGGAUUUGCCAGUCGAACCAGCAAAGCUUUCAGCAACAAGCAGACUGUGAAACAAUGUGGCUGUUCCGAAGUUUAUCUGGACUGUUUACAGACAUUCUUGCCAGCACUCAGUUGCCCCUUACAAAAGGAUAUUCUCAGAAGUGGAGUUCGGACUUUCCUUCAUCGAAUGAUUAUUUGCCUAGAGGAAGAAGUUCUUCCAUUCAUCCCGUCUGCCUCAGAACACAUGCUCAAAGAUUGUGAAGCAAAAGACCUCCAGGAGUUCAUUCCUCUUAUCAACCAGAUUACAGCCAAGUUUAAGAUACAGGUAUCUCCUUUUUUACAGCAAAUGUUCAUGCCUCUGCUUCAUGCAAUUUUUGAAGUGUUGCUCCGACCAGCAGAAGAAAAUGACCAGUCUGCUGCUUUAGAGAAGCAAAUGUUGCGAAGGAGUUACUUUGCUUUCCUGCAAACAGUCACAGGCAGCGGAAUGAGCGAAGUCAUAGCAAAUCAAGGUGCAGAAAAUGUAGAACGAGUUCUGGUUACUGUUAUCCAAGGAGCAGUCGAAUAUCCAGAUCCAAUUGCCCAGAAAACGUGUUUUAUCAUCCUCUCCAAGUUGGUAGAACUCUGGGGAGGUAAAGAUGGACCAGUGGGAUUUGCUGAUUUUGUUUAUAAGCACAUUGUCCCUGCAUGUUUCCUAGCACCUUUAAAACAGACCUUUGACCUGGCAGAUGCACAAACAGUAUUGGCUUUGUCUGAAUGUGCGGUGACAUUGAAAACAAUUCAUCUCAAACGGGGCCCAGAAUGUGUUCAGUAUCUUCAACAAGAAUACCUGCCUUCCUUGCAAGUAGCUCCAGAGAUAAUUCAGGAGUUUUGUCAAGCGCUUCAGCAGCCUGAUGCUAAAGUUUUUAAAAAUUACUUAAAGGUAUUCUUCCAGAGAGCAAAGCCCUAAGGACUGGAUCUCCCUGUGCCUACUUUAUGAUCAAGAAUUCCAGUUAAUAAUUUAUAAAGAAGCAGUUUUUGUGUGCCAUUCACACUGGUCUUUUUAACAUUGCUUUAAGCUUAUUGCAGUAUAUGUAUUGGAACUUUUCCUGUAAAAUGGGUGUAAUUUUCUCUGAAUACAGGUAUGUGACAACAAGAGAAGUUGCUUGCAUGCCAGUUCAAAUUGUUCUAUAUAAAAAUGCUGUUAAAAGAUACAGCACGGUUAUCUUAGUACCCCCCCCCUUUUUUUUUACUGGAAAUGUUAAAUCCUUUAUAAAGACCACAUAGCAGGAAAACAGUGUGCUUUUUUUCAAUUGCUAAAUAUGUUUGAACAUGUUAAUUUCCUUUUAUGUGUGCAGACUCCAAAUAUGGGGAGAAUACAACAAAUCAAAACUAAUUUUUUGUAGAUAGCCAUUACAUUUCUUUAAACUGUUUCGAUGCCAAUGUGUGUUCUACAAAAGAGAAUGGUUUCAUAAAUUAACUGAUUUAAGAGUAGGUGUCAGUGUUACACACUUUUUAUAAAAAAAAUAAAUUUUACGUAGUGAAAUCUA